AUGUUUCCGUAUGAUUGCACCGGUCUGGUUCAGAACAGCCCUCUCCACCACCCGAAGCCCUCGAGAUGUGUUGGACUUCAGCUCCCAUCCUCCCCAGGCAGCCUGACGCAGCUGCAUUUCAGGUUCGCAAGUGCUGAGUCUCCUCUUUUGUACUAACGGGCUGUUGGGCGUGGGUCUUCUUUUCUUCUUAGGGCCUUGUUCAAGACCCCUGCAGCCCUGGCCUUGAAUCAGACCCAGCACUGCAAGCAGCUGGAAGGGCUGGUGCUUUCGCAAGUGCAGCUGUGCCGAAGCAACCUGGAACUGAUGCAGAGCGUCAUCCAGGCCGCGCGGGAGGUGAUCAAGACGUGCCGCAAAGCCUUCUCCGACAUGCGGUGGAAUUGCUCCUCCAUUGAGCUGGCGCCCAACUUCCUCCUAGAUUUGGAGAGAGGCACCAGGGAGUCGGCUUUCGUGCACGCCCUCUCCGCCGCAGCCAUCAGCCACACCAUCGCCAGAGCCUGCACCACCGGGGACCUCCCUGGCUGCUCCUGUGGUCCCAUCCCAGGUGAGACACCUGGACCUGGGUAUCGCUGGGGCGGAUGUGCUGACAACCUCAACUAUGGUCUUGUCAUGGGGUCCAAAUUUUCAGAUGCUCCCAUGAAGAUGAAAAAAUCAGGAUCACAAGCCAAUAAGCUGAUGCAUCUGCACAACAGUGAAGUAGGGAGACAGGCCCUGAAAGCGUCCCUGGAAAUGAAGUGCAAGUGCCAUGGGGUGUCUGGCUCCUGCUCCAUCAAAACCUGCUGGAGGGGCCUUCAGGAGCUGAGGGACAUCGCCCUGGACUUGAAAAACAAAUACCUUUCAGCCACCAAGGUGGUGCACCGCCCCAUGGGCACACGCAAGCACCUGGUCCCCAAGGAUCUUGAUAUCCGCCCCGUCAAGGAGACCGAACUGGUCUACCUGCAAAGCUCGCCGGAUUUCUGCAUGAAGAAUGAGAAAGUGGGCUCGCACGGGACUCAAGACAGGCAGUGCAACAAGACCUCCAACGGCAGCGACAGCUGCGACCUCAUGUGCUGCGGCCGCGGCUACAACCCCUACAUGGACAAGGUCGUGGAACGCUGCCACUGCAAGUACCACUGGUGCUGCUACGUCACCUGCAAGAGGUGUGAGCGGACUGUCGAGAGAUACGUGUGCAAGUGA